GUUUCUUAUGUAUCUACUUAAUCACAAUCUCAUAUAAACAUAGUUGGUAAUUGUAAUUGAAUGUAGAGAAAACGCCCUAUAUAUAUAUAAAUUGUAUGCAAAGAAAUAACUGACAAGCAUAAACUUUAUCAAAUAUCAGUAAACUCCUCUUCUUAUUCUCAUUAGAUAUCAUGUCACCACACAGAGCUAUUGUGAAAAAUACAAAUCUACCGCCAGAUAUGCAAGAUCAAGCAGUAAAGGCCUGCUUGAAAGCAAUGACAACGUGUAGACAUGAUAAAGAUGUCGCUGCGGCUAUAAGGAAUACAUUUAAUCAAAAGUAUGGACGAACAUGGCAUUGUAUUGUUGGAGGCAGUUUUGGCAGCAACGUGAGUCAUAUCGACACAGGACUGAUUUACUUCUUUAUGGGACAUAAAUCGAUCUUGCUGUUUAGAUCAGAAAAAAGUGAUGUAUGAUAACAAAUAUCAAGUGAAGAAAAUCUCCCAAUUGAUUUUGAUAGAACCUUCAGAUGCUUUCUUUUAGAUCAAAUUACUGAAAAUUUUAUAAAUAUAUUAUGCAUGAAAUUG